AUGGCGGCGAGGUUUUCGAGAUUGUUUGAUGAUUGGGAUCAGGAUCAUAGGGGUAUAACUAUGCUAGACCCUGAUGUUAAUAAUUCACCACCCAGAUAUCAUUCUUCGCAGAACAGUACAGAAUAUAUAUCUCCAUCCGCAGAUCUAUCUGAGAGACCAGACCUACCAGAACCAGUCCUCGAACCUACAACUCCUUUCUCACCCUUCGACGAUGGAAUCUCAACUCGACGUUUACUGGAUGGUAGAGGGAGUUAUGCCUCUAGUUACAGCCCAUCUUUUCCCUCCGCACACGACUACCAAGCUCUGAAAGAUGUAGGUCGAGAUAGUCUUAUCGAUGAUCCAUCUCCAAGUGAAGCACGUCUACGAAAUGGUUCUGGCAUGACUUCAAAUAUGAAGAGAAUAUGGAGCAAAUCGACCGCUUUUACAAAACCACGUCCUCAAUCUUCAUUUGAUGGGCAUUUUGCGCAGGGGAAAGAUGGGUGGUGGAAAAAACAAAUGUUAGUCGAUCGAAGUCUAAGAUCAAUGGCAGGGUUUACGUUUCUUUGCGCUAUUAUCAUGUUCAUCAUAAUGGUUGCGUACUUACCCGCGUUUAAUUCUCGGUUGAAUAAACAGAGUACGAGUGUGGGUGGAAAAGAUGGGGAAAGCUGUGAGAGUAUGGAGAGUAGAAAUAUUGCUGUUCAUCUUUUUAUUAAUAUUGCGGCGACGAUGAUUCUGGGUUGUUCGAAUACCUAUCAGCAGUUAGUAACUGCCCCGCUAGUUGAGGAGAUCCCAUUCAUUCUCUCGAAAAAGGGUGAUGCAAAAUGCGGUACAAACUCACCCUGGAAUAUCAAUGUUAAAAAAUCGGGAAAGUUAAAGGCUUGGGGAUCAUGGCUAUUACUUAUUUGCACGUCAAUUCCAGUUCAUUUUCUCGCGAAUUCGGUCAUUGGCCCUUCGUUUUAUGUGGAGAUGCCAACGAAUGUCACGCAUUCAUACAAUGAAACUUUCUCCCUGACUCCCUAUCAAUCGCACUAUUACGGCCCGGCUUACAAUUCAGAUUCGUAUGAUUCUGCAUGCUGGACUGCUUUUCGAUCCGGGUUAUACGUAUUACCGAAUAACAUGUCUCAAUUAAGUGGCCAAUACAAUAUUGAUGUUCUAGGAAAUUCGACUUCUUUCAAAUCCGUUUCUGUCACCUACAAUCAGAAUUGUACAGAAUAUAAAGGAACAGCUACUGUUGAUGAAGCUCUAACAGAGGUCAAUUACACCGGCUCGUAUGUUUAUGUGGGCCAAUAUAAAAAAGGGGAUUGUGCCUUGCGAUCAAGUGUUUAUUGCGUAUUGGAAGAUGAACAACCAAAGAAGUGUCGGCUGAAUGUUCGAAUGCAAGCUUGUUUCACACUUUUUGGCUGUCUUCUAAUCAAAGCCAUAUAUAUGAUCGGUUUGAAUUAUCGAGCAAGACAUAGGGUUAAGAAUCAUUGUUUAACAUAUGGAGAUGUGAUAGUCGCAUCUGUCAUAAAUCCGGAUUUAAAAAUUCAUAAUGAAUGUUUACUUAAUUCUGGAGAUGGUUAUCGACAAAAGGUAUCACAUCAAUGUCAUAAACAUUGUAAAGAUCCGGUUCCUUCGACUACUGGUGAUGAUAUAGGUCACUGUCAGAAAUGCAAGAAGUUUAAUGAUACUGAUAAAGCUGCUGAUUUGCCACAUCCAACCAUAGCAAUCAAAUACAAACGCUCACUUCUCUCCAAUCUUGGCUCUACCGCCAUAACCCAGAUGAUAAUCCUAAUGUUUUGUUCCUUCGCCAUGGUUGGCGUCUCCAUCAUGCUCAUUACUCUCAUGGUCAGCACGACAUCCGACUACAACCACUACUGUCGCAAUCCCGCUUACGAUCGGGAAUCCUACAGCGAGUGCCAAAUCUCACUCUCCCAAACCCUAAAACGAAACUUCGGUACCUGGGGAGGUUUCUCUUCCAGCGCCACAUUAGCGUCUCUCCCAUCCGACAGAAUCAGCAGCGAACUAAUCGCCUUUGCCAUCUCCAACGGCGCCCAAUUUCUAUUCAGUCUCCUCUAUCUCCUCCUCAUCUACAACAUCACGCUCAUAUCCAUGGAACACGAAUGGGGCACCUUUGAAACCGAGCGCAAAAAGCCCCGCGCGACCAUCGUCUCUGGAACCCCCUUCUUCCAAUCCUACUUCCUGCAACUCCCCUCCAAAAUCCUCACGCCGCUCAUGAUCUUCGCAUCCGCCAUGCACUGGCUCCUCGGCGAAUCCAUCUCCACCGUCGAAUCCAUCUACACGGAUCCCGCAUACGGCGUCGAACACUCGGUCUAUUUCGUCACGUAUGCAGCAUAUCCGAUCUUUCUGAGCACGGUGCUGAUGAUUGGCCAGACGGUCAUCUGUUGGUGGGCUUUUACGUAUAGGAGAGAAGGAUUCAUUCCGCAGAUGUAUGGCAGUAUUAGGGCUUGUUGCGCUAGUACGAGUGAACUUGAAGAUUUUGGGAGGGAGGGGAUUCAAUGGGGGGAUUUGGGAAUGGGUGAAAGAUUUAGACAUGCUGGUUUUUCGGCGGAUGAACCGGGUAAAAUUAUCCCCGCAGAACUCUACUGCGGUCGUGACUAA